CGCAGCUUCGAAGGCGGGAAGUUUGUGAUGAUUUUUAACAUUUUACUUACCGUCAAAUUUACAGUAGCUAGUUGUAAACAAUGAAUCGGAUGAGGAGCAUAACAGAAAUGCUCAGCAUUCCUACGGGAAACAGUAACAGGAAUGCAGGUACCAGUGGAUAUUCCAGUCUGACAGACUCCCAGUUUUUCUUUGGGUCUCAGUUCUGGCCAGAAAAUUCUCAGGGUACGUCUCAGGAUGUGAGUUUGUCAUCCAGGACAUCCCAACAAAGUUCUCAAGAGGAAAGCGACCCAACAUUUGCAAAUAGUUACCUCAAUAAACCUCUCCUGUUUGGAGAAGCAAAGGACAAAAGCAAACCUUUCAGCAUACUGCAUACAUUUGAAGAAGACAAGAGGAAGGCAAAGGAAAAUGCUGAUAGUCAGGUUCUAGUCAAAGAGCGCCUGCAAUUUCGAGAAGCUCUAGAAAAUAUCCAACAACUGGUUACUGGCACAGAGAAGAAUACAGCAGUAUGUCACACAGUCCUUGAAAAGCUUAACGAUUUUGCAUCAGCAUUGCAAAAACAUCUUAACAGUCAUCAGAGUGACACCUCGCAACAGUUUGAGACUUUAUUGAUUAAAGUUAACUCCCAGCUUGACACAGUGAGAGAAAUUCGAGAAAGGAUGCAAAAGACAGAGGACACUUCCACAGAACUUGGAUUGAAUGUACAAAGCAUAAAGACUAGUUUGGAAUGUCUCAGAAAUGACCAAGAAAGGGAUCGAAACAUGCUUGAAGAGGCCCUGAAGCUGCUGAGCACUUUAGUCUCUAAGGAUUCAGCCAAACUGAGUCCGGCGACAGUAAUGGACAGCGUCAUUCAGACGUCUCCAAUGCUGGAACAGCCGGUCUCCAGUGUCCUGCAAGAGAACAAGCUCGAAGGCACACGGCUUAAUGAUAUUUGUGGGUCAUACAAGCGUGAACACAAUCAGGUCGGAGUCCCCCCUCAGGAUCCUAAAGGCUUUGUGGGAAAGAGAAAAUCCUCUCUGAGACGCACUAGGAGGGGCAAAAAGAAACCACUAGUACUUUCCCAAAGGUGUAAAAAUACUAUUCCUGAUGAAAAUUGUCAGUCUCUCAUAAACUGUAACAAACAGCCAAAUAUUUCAGCACCUCUCUGUGAGCGCCAUGAUCUGAGCAGAAUAACCAGCCGAGAAAAUGUCAGACCGGACUGUCAGACAUUGCUGAACAGGGAGCCCAGAUAUAGUGAAGCUGCAGCAUGCAUCAUCACUCCUCUGUGCUGCUGGUCUCAGGACAGCAACAGUUCUGCAGGCAUCGAAGUUGAACCCAUUUUGGACAAACUGUCAGCAGAAUCCAACACAGAGACCUCAGUGAAACCUGGAAGUCUUUGGCAGUUGUUUGACAUGGAGGGUGAUGUGGUGGACUUGUAGAGUAUGUGUGUGUACAAAUCUUAUUUCUGCUAUGUAGGGGAACAGAAGCUAGAGAUGGUUUUCCUCUUAAGUUUUCAAGUUAUUCAGUUUAUAUGAGGACAUGGUGAAGUAUUUGUAGGUGAAAGUAGAAAAAUGUAUCGUCAAGCUGGUUAAAGGGUAAGGAGCACAGAGGCAUCGGUCAGACAGUGAAAGACUGCAUUUUAAUCUUAUUUAUUUUUCUGAUGGCUUUUUUAAUAUAUACUUCUUACUUGUUCUGUAUUUAAACUGCCUACUUGAGA